AUGCAGUCAAGGCUAGAGAUCCCCCUCCUCAGACCUCUGCUCAUAUUCUCCAGUCAUCCGGGAAAGCCCAACAGGACUUUGCUCCCUUACAUCUUUGCGUUUUGUUUCCAUAUGCCCUACAGUUCCAACGAGGGUUUCGGGUCCGUGGAGAAGGUUGUGCUGCUAACAUUCCUCUCGGUGGUUAUCCUGAUGGCCAUCCUGGGCAACCUGCUGGUGAUGGUGGCUGUGUGCAGGGACAGGCAGCUCAGGAAAAUAAAAACCAAUUAUUUCAUUGUGUCUCUUGCCUUUGCCGAUCUGCUGGUUUCGGUGCUGGUGAUGCCUUUUGGUGCCAUUGAGCUGGUCCAAGACGUCUGGAUUUACGGGGAGAUGUUUUGCCUGGUCCGGACCUCUCUGGAUGUCCUGCUCACCACAGCAUCGAUUUUUCACCUAUGCUGCAUUUCACUGGAUAGGUAUUAUGCCAUCUGCUGCCAACCUCUGGUUUACAGAAGCAAGAUGACCCCUGUCCGCAUUGCACUGAUGUUGGGAGGCUGCUGGGCCAUUCCCAUGUUUAUAUCAUUUCUCCCCAUAAUGCAAGGCUGGAACAACAUCGGCAUAGUUGAUGUGAUAGAGAAAAGGAAACUCAACCACAGCUCUAACUCCACAUGCUGUGUCUUCAUGGUCAACAAGCCCUACGCCAUCACCUGCUCCGUUGUAGCCUUCUACAUCCCAUUUUUCCUCAUGGUGCUGGCCUAUUACCGUAUCUAUGUCACCGCUAAGGAGCAUGCCCAGCAGAUCCAGAUGUUACAACGAGCAGGAGCCACCCCGGAAAGCAGGCCCCAGCCAGCUGACCAGCACAGCACACAUCGCAUGCGGACAGAGACCAAGGCAGCCAAGACUUUAUGCGUCAUCAUGGGCUGCUUCUGUUUCUGCUGGGCCCCCUUCUUUGUCACCAAUGUCGUGGACCCGUUCAUAGACUACACUGUCCCCGAGCAGGUGUGGACUGCUUUCCUCUGGCUUGGCUACAUCAAUUCAGGGUUGAACCCCUUUCUCUAUGCCUUCUUGAAUAAGUCUUUCAGACGUGCCUUCCUCAUCAUUCUCUGCUGUGAUGAUGAACGCUACAGAAGACCCUCCAUUCUGGGCCAGACUGUCCCCUGUUCAACCACAACCAUUAAUGGAUCCACACAUGUGCUAAGGGAUGCAGUGGAAGGUGGUGGCCAGUGGGAGAAUCGGUGCCACCUGACAGCAACUUCUCCUUUGGUGGCUGCUCAGUCCAGUGAUACUUAG